CUCGGGUCCAAAUCAGGUCCCAAAGUCUCAUGCCACCUACAGGGGUCCCGCGGCCUCACAACCCCUCUUUUUGAUUUCCUUUCAUCGGGAAUAAGCAAGGUGAAAGGUUACAACAACGCUUGCACAAUGGCAUACCCAGAGAAUGUCGGCAUCAAGGCUAUGGAGAUUUAUGUCCCGGCCCAAUGCCUGGACCAAUCCCUCUUCGAGAAAUACCAAGGCGUGUCAACUGGCAAGUACACCAUUGGACUGGGCCUCCAGUACAUGAAUUACUGUACGGAUAGAGAGGACGUCUGUUCGCUGGCCCUGACUGCUGUGUCUUCACUGCUUCACAAGUUCAACAUCGAUCCCAAUUCUAUCGGACGUCUGGAAGUCGGCACUGAAUCGCUCAUCGACAAGGCCAAGUCUAUCAAAUCAGUUCUCACGACAUUGUUCGAGCCAUCUGGCAACACAAGCCUGGAAGGUGUUGACACCAUCCACGCCUGCUAUGGUGGCACCAAUGCCUUGUUCAAUGCUGUCAAUUGGGUCGAGUCUCGUUCAUGGGACGGUCGAGAUGCCAUUGUCGUUACAUCAGACAUCGCGCUCUACAAGGAGGCUUCCUCCCGUCCAACCGGUGGCGCUGGUUGUGUCGCCAUGCUUGUCGGCCCAAACGCACUACUUUCGCCAGAGCCAAGCCUGCGAGGUGUCUAUAUGACCCACGGUUAUGAUUUCUACAAGCCUGAUCUCAAGGUCGAGUAUCCCAUUGUCAACGGCCACGAAUCUAUUGUCUGCUACCUUAGCGCUCUGGAUAAAUGCCACAAGGACCUGCUCCGUCGUGCCGAAGCCGCCAGGGGCAAGCUUGAUGGCGAUGGAUGCAAGGCUGUUAAAAAGAAUGUCCUUGACCUUUUUGACUACAUGGCCUUUCAUACGCCAAAUUGCAAACUGGUCAGCAAGUCAUACGGUCGACUCAAGUACAACGACUGCCUGAGAUCGAUGGACGAUGCUGACUGGGAGGGAAUCCCCGAUGAGCUGCGCAAGCUGGGUUACCAAGAGUCCCUGAGAGACAAAGUAUUGGAGAAAACCCUCGUGGCUGUAACAAAGGAUCAGUUCAAAGGACGAGUUGAGCCAUCUAUUGUUGCACCCUCCUUAUGUGGAAACAUGUACACAAGCAGCCUCUACUGCUCGCUCAUCAGCUUGAUUAGCAACAUUGAUCUUGCAGCUGCACAAGGCAAAACCAUCGGCAUGUUUAGUUACGGAAGUGGUACUGCUAGUACCCUUUUUGGCCUGAAAAUAACUGGUGAUCUCACCAAGAUGGUCGAAAAAAUAAAUUUAAUGGAUCGCCUGAAGCAGCGACACGUCUCAACCCCUGAGGAAUACGAAGAGGCCUGUGCUCUCCGAAUGAAAGCCUACGGGAGCAAGAAUUACAAGCCUGUUGGUGAUGUAGCGUCACUGGCAGCGGGAACAUACUAUCUCGAAAAUAUUGAUGAGGUGUACAAGAGGACCUAUAAUGUAAAAUAAAACGAGGUGAGCCAAUGCAGAAGAGGCAAAAACCUUGGUACAUGUACCAUGGUGCGAAGACUAGAGGAAGAUUUUGGUAGCGUUUAUUUUCCUUUUGUACACUAUAAUCUAUCUUGAUAGAUAAAAUAGGCUAGUAAGGCCACAACCUUUUACUUACGCAUUAAUG